UAUUAUCUAGUGCUUCAAAACAAUAUUGCACAAAGCAAGUCAAAUUUGUAACAGUUGAUCUAUUGGGAACGAAACCAUGCUGAUGCUGUUUCAAAAACUUUGGAGAAGUUGCAUAAAAUAGAUAUGGGGCGAUAAUUUUCAACUUUAGAUGCCAAACCUGUUUUUAAUAUCGGGCACACCUUAGAAACUUUCCAAACAGCUGGAAAAGUCAAAUUCAAUUGCAUAUGAUAGCAUUUAACCUUUUGAUCGAAAAGACUAUCUUAUGAUAUGUGCGAUGUAUGACUAUCUGUAUGACCCUUUCACACUUGACAUUAUUUAGAUCAUAAAAAGUCGCAGUAAGCUAUAACGUUGAGCGAUUGACAACACAAGUGCGUAUUUAAAAUUUGCGCUAUGUUUUUACUUAUAGCAUUCAUCGGUUUUAUUGUACUAUUCGUGUACUAUAAACUGUAUUUACCUACUCAGUUUUGGAAAAAGAAGGGAAUACCAUGUGUUGAACCUUACAUGGUCUUUGGAAAUUUAGCCCCAGCCGCUUUCAGAAAGAAGACGAUAAACGACAUAAUCCUAGACUCCUGCAAGCAGUUUGAGUCCCAUAGAUAUUUUGGCUUCUAUCAAUUUCUUGCACCGGCCCUGAUCGUUCAAGAUAUAGAUUUGAUGAAGCAGAUUUGCGUAAAGAGCUUUGAUUCGUUCACUGAUCGACCGGAUUUCAUACCCAAGUCGGUCGAUCCGUUUUGGAAGAAAACUUUAUUUCAUCGAGAAGGUAAAGACUGGCGCGACCUGCAGUUAGUUCUAAGUCCUGUAUUCACCGGUCGUAAAAUGAGAGCCAUGUUUCAACUAAUGUACGAGUGUUCCGAAAAUCUCGCCGGCCAUUUUCUGGGUGAAAGUGGUACGACUACCGUGGAGAUGAAGGACCUAUUUACAAGAUACACUAACGACGCUACCGCUUCUUGUUUUUACGGCAUACAGUGCGACUCUGUAAAGGACAAACGUAAUGAAUUUUACCUAAUGGGCCGAGAGGCUUUUGACUUUGCUGGUUUAAAGUCGAUACGCUUUUUCGGUUCUAAGCUGAGCCCCACUUUAAUCAAGAUUCUUAGAAUAAAAUUCAUCGAUGACAAAGUAAAACAAUUUUUUGAGCGUGUUACUAAAGAAACGAUCGAGUACCGUCGACGAACUGGUUUGGUGCGACCAGAUAUGAUUCAAUUUCUAACAGAGGCACAAAAGGGUAGGCUGGAGUACGAAGAAGACGAUAAAAAUGAACAUUCGGGUUUUGCCGCAAUCGAGGAAUCGGAUGUAAUAAGAUCCGAUCGUACGAAAAGGAUGCCAAUUACUGAUGAAGACAUCGCAACUCAAGUUUUAAUUUUUUUCUUUGGAAGUUACGACACCGUUUCCGUGGUAUUUUGUCAACUUGCAUGCGAAUUAGUCGCGAAUGCGGAUGUCCAAGACAAAUUACAUAAGGAAAUUGACGCAACGUUAAAGGAGUGUAAUGGCAAAUUGACAUACGACUCGCUUAUGAAUAUGAAAUACCUAGAUAUGGUUGUUUCUGAAAUACUGCGCUUAUGGCCUCCAGCCGUAAUGUUAGUUAGACAGUGUGUCAAAGCGUUUAAGAUUAAUCCCGUUUUCCCACACGAGAAACCCUAUACAAUUCAACCAGGGGACGAAAUUAUUAUUCCCAGCUACGCAAUCCACAGAAAUCCCCAAUAUUACGCCAAACCUGAACAGUUUGAUCCCGAAAGGUUUAAUGAUGAAAAUAAGGGUAACAUCGGCUUCUGCACCUACCAACCAUUUGGCAUCGGCCCAAGACACUGCAUCGGUAAUAAAUUUGCAUUAAUGGAAGUGAAGACUGGGAUUGUAAGCUUGCUCUCGCGAUUCCAAAUUGUACCAGUCUCUAAGACGGUGAUUCCAUUUGUCCAAGCUAAGAACAGCAUCCCCCUUCGUAGUGCGAAUGAUUAUUGGUUUGGAUUAAGGCGAAGAGAUAAUGGUUUCUAUUGAAGAAAUUCCCCACCUGGUAUAUACGUGCUGCGUAUAUAGUGUGUCGACAAGUUUUAUUUACAAUAAGUAUAGUGACUGAUCUAUUCUGUUAUUUAAGAUAUUUAUAAUAAUUUCCCAAAUUUUUUUUCUCUUUUCGUUCCUCGCUUUUGGGUUCUGGCAAUUUGGGAAAGCAAAUACAUUUUUAUUAAGUUUUUUUACGCUAAAACACUAUGACUGUGUCACGACAUUCUCCCACCUGAGAAACACCCUUUUUUUCAGAAAGUUUUUCUCACAAUUUUAAACCAACCUAUGUACGAUCAACG